AUGAGCGUUGCGUCGACUCAAGGUCAGCUUGGGUCAAAAGACCACCUGGAAGAGCUCCACCCUCCAGAUCUCAUGACUGUGGCAUCUCAGCCGCAAGCAAGAAAACGACCAGCUCCCAGAGGAACCGGAGCAUACGCGCGCAAACGAGCCGUAACCGCCUGCCAGGUUUGCCGUGCCAGGCGGACCAAAUGCGACAACAAGAAACCAGCUUGCUCUUUCUGUGAGAAGACAGGAGCGAAAUGUGUCACCGAGCCCACAGACUACUCGGCUUUUGAUCCGGCGAGCCUCAAGAUUUUAGAGAGCCUUCCGAGACAAGAUGACACUGUUAACACGCAAAAUGAGGCCCGUCGACAAGACUCUGCUGGGCGGCAACCUUCACGCUCUCUCCAGAUCGUUUCUUCGGAAGUCCUUGGCUGGCCGAUUUUUGGUAACCAAUUUGGCCUGCAAGCCAAUGCCAUCGCGGUCCUCCGACGAAAGCCUCCGAAACCGAUACAGCCGUCUUCCUCUGCGCUCGAGUCUUUUCUGGGCAAUACCAGCGCCAGUAAUACGCUGAUUACAAACUUCAUUCAACAUGUCCACAUCAAGAAUCCCAUCCUAGAGCUGUCUAGUCUUAAGCGUAUGGUCCAGCACGCCUGCCUCGAGGGCGUUGGAUGGGAUCCCGAAUCUUGCUUGGUCCUCCUUGUCUGGGCGUUGGGUGCUAUUUCAACGCCCUUUCAGCAGCCUCCACAGCCUUGCGACCAAGAGAAUCUCGAGCUUGGAGCAGCACUCUAUGGUGCGGCUACCAAAAGGCUUGGAAUAGUCUUUGCAGAAAGCGGCAUACUAUCAGCUCAAUGUUUCUUCUACGCCGGCGUUUACCUAAUGUCGAUGUUCCAGCCAGUUUCAGCGUGGAGACAUUUCUUACAAGCCUUGGCAUACUGUCAAGAGUUUGAUUUCGCUAUAGAGGCAUCACAGAACCCACAAACGCUCACCAGCCCUCCCGAGACGUCACCCACAGAGCAGCGUCUGUACUGGUCCUGUUGGAAAUCCGAAGUAGAGCUACGCAUGUGUCUUGGGCUUUUUGAUUUCCAGACACAGGACCGCGUUUAUCCCGGCCAUUUCCCCAACCCACCAGCAAAUCCCGAGAAAGACGACAGGGCAUGGUUCUUCUACCUUGCUGAAAUAUCUCUCCGACGAUUGAACACUCGCGCCCGCAACGACAUUGGACAGAUUCUAUCAUCGUCAGAGGUGGAAGGCGAGGAUGCUGAGGCACGUUUAAUUGAAGUGGUCGACUCAUAUGACCAACAGGCUGAAGCAUGGCUUACUUCACUACCCGAGACGAUUAGCAUCGAUUCAAAUCCCCUUGAGGAUGAUAUACUCAAGUUCAUUCUCCGUUGUCAUCUGGUAGAUUUUAACGAGCUUAUUUUCUGGACAUUCAUCGAUAGGGCGGUCAAUAGCAAAGAGAGCUCGUCGGAAGAUAUGAUUCGUUAUGCGUGUCGAGGUUUCACAACAUGCACAGAUCGUAUUCGAACAGCAGGGCUAGGUCAUUGGUACCGGCAUCACGGAACUUGGAUGUUAUUGCAGUCAUGUGCUCGAUCGGCGAUUGUCUUGCUAGCUGCUGCGUUUUCGGAACAUACACAGAGCCUCUUACCGGAGAAUUGGGUUCAUUCUGUUGAAGCUUGUAUAGGUAUGCUGAAUCAUUGGAAAGAUGAAGACGCUGGAAUUUCAGACCAGGCCAUGAUUUUAGGACAACUCCUGCAAAAGUUUAAUGGUUAA